AUGGAAAUACUUAUUAACGUUGUAGGUGGCUUUGUUGUUGAGGUGGGAAAGUUUCUAUCGAAAUGCAUCUAUCCUAAGAUAGAAAAUAUUGUUUGUUUCUCAUCAAAUGUUGAAAAUUUAAGGGAGGAAAUAGAGAAGCUAACAAAGUUCAGAGAUGAUAUCAAAGGAAAGGUGGAAAUAGCUGAAGGAGAAGGCUAUAAACCAAAACCAGAUGUUAUCAAGUGGAUCGAGGAUGUUCGCGAGCUGGAGAAUGAAUGGGAAACUAUGCAAGAAAGCAUCGCAACAGCGAAGAUGCUUACAUAUAAAUGUUGUCCAAAUUGCAGCCUUCGCUCGGAAGUCUCCACUCAAGCACGGAACAUCCGAGAUCAACUUUGCAAGCUUACAGAGGUUGGAGAAAGCUUUGGAUCAAAUUUGAUGGUAGAAAAUUACCAGAUGAAAAAAGUUGAGUUCAUCCCGGGACCAUCAGUAAAAGGUCAGUCAACAGCAACAAGGAAUAUCAACAAAAUCCUGCAACUAUUAGAAGAUGAUAAGGUUUGCAUCAUAGGAGUGUGGGGUACGGGAGGAGUUGGGAAGACUACUCUGGUGAAGAAUCUGAACAACGAACUUCGAAAGAUUGAUGUGUCAAGGUCUAAAUUGUCUUUUGGUAUUGUGGUAUGGGUUACAGUGCCCAAACCAAUGGACAUAAGUCAGGUUCAAGCAAAAAUUGCCAAAAGAUUAAACCUGGAGGUAGAUAACAACGGAAGUGAAGAAAGCAAUGCCAGCAAAAUCUUCCAAAAGCUAAACGAAAAAAAGAGUUUCCUUCUCAUACUUGAUGAUGUUUGGGAAGAUAUAGAUUUGGAUCAUGUUGGUGUGCCCCAACCUGAAGAUCACGCAGGAAGCAAGGUCAUUAUAACUUCUCGUUUCUUGGGUGUUUGUAAGCAAAUGAAAACACACACUGAACUGAAUAUUUCCACAUUGGAUGAGGAUGAAUCUUGGCAACUGUUUAUCAAAAAUACGGGAGAUGUUGCCAAUCUGGAACAUAUUCAACCAUUAGCAAAGGAAAUUGCACGAGCAUGUGGUGGUUUACCUUUAGCAAUCACUGUUGUUGGAACAUCUAUGAGAGGGAAGCCAAGGGUCGAGCUCUGGGAAGAUGCUAUGAAAUCACUAAGAAUGUCCGAACCUCAUAACAAAGAUGUAGAGAAAAAGGUUUACAAGGUCAUCAAGUGGAGUUUUGAUUCUUUAGAAUCUCAGGAUAGUGAAUUAUCCUCAAAUCAAAGAAUCACACAUGUGAACCAAAAGAGAAGUGACAUUCAAAGUUGUUUCUUAUAUUGCUCCUUAUAUCCGGCAGCUAUUUCAAUAGAUGAUCUUAUACAUUGCUGGUGGGCAGAGGGGUUCCUUGGUGAACAUGACACAUAUAGAGAAGCCUAUAACAGGGGAAUCACAACGAUUGAAAGUCUAAAAGAUGCCUGCUUGCUAGAAGCCCAUAAGAUGGAUUGUGUGAAGAUGCAUGAUGUGGUUCGUGAUGUUGCUAUAUGGAUAGAUAAUUCCUUUGGGUUAACUAAGAUAUCACAUUCUAAAGUAUCAGCUUCUGUUAAGAGAAUAUCUUUCGUAAGCAACAAAAUUCAAUGUCUACCUGAUUGCUUCACGGAAUGCCCAGAGACAACAUCAUUACUAUUGCAAAAGAAUCCCCUUGAGAAAAUUCCGGAUGAACUUUUCUUGGCAUUUCCAUCCCUAAGAGUUCUGAACCUGAGUGGAACUAGUAUUAGUUCUUUGCCUUCUUCCAUCAAUAGUUUAUAUCAGCUACAUGCUCUAAUACUACAAAAUUGUUGUUCGUUGAGAGAGUUACCACCUAUUGGUAAUCUUUGCAAUUUGCAAUUGCUCGAUUGUGAUGACGUAAAGUUAUGUUGUCUGCCGCAAGGAAUGGACAAGUUGACAAAUCUAAGGCUAUUAAAUCUGCCUGUAGGUGAUUUGAAGGAGAGCAUUGGCCAAGGAUUUUUCCUCAAAAUGCCUAGGAUUGAAAUGUUAAAGAUGCUGCAUAGUAAAAUUGGUGACCUUUAUUGUUGGACCACGGGAAAUAUUCGGCCAAGGACUGUUCUUGGACCAACUUCUUUUGAUGAGAUAUCAUCUCUACACAAUCUGACAUCUCUUUUUAUUAGAUUAGAUAGCUUAUCAAUUUUCAAUCGAGAUCAUACCUGGAUGAAAAGAUUGAAAAGAUUUCACAUUGAAAUUGGGAAUACUCCAACUCAUGUACCAUUCAACAAGUCAACAAGGAUGAUAAGUGUCUCCAAGUGUGAAAUUUUCAGUAACGGAGAGCUCUCAAGCAUGUUGCAGUUUGCUUCACAUUUGCACUUGGAAAAAUGCAUGGGUUUCAUGAAGUUGAUUGCGAACAAGAGUUUUGAUGGAUUAAAAUCACUCUACAUUCACGAAUGUAGUUGUGAUUUCGGACCAUCUGAAGAAGGAAGUGGACAGUUUGACCCUCUGCCAAAUCUGGAACAUCUCAGCCUCGCUUCUAUAGAUCAUUUAAAGAGUGUUUCUGAUUUCGGUCAACUUCUGGGUCUUAGAUUUUCUGAAUUACGACAGGUGGAUAUAUCCUAUUGUCGUAAUUUAACAUGUCUUUUUAGUGUUGGUGGUGCUUUUUCUGUACCCAAGCACUUGGAAGAAAUUACAAUUAACCAUUGUAAACAGGUGGUAGAGUUGUUAGUACAAUGCGGCUCUAGUCAGAGGGCACUCGACAACUCAGAAAUUCCAAAAGUUCGGAAGUUAGUGCUGAGAGACUUACCAAAAUUAGGAACGUUGGGGGAGCCACAGAGUAUGUGGGAACACAUGGAUGUACUUGAGGUGAUCGAUUGCUAUGAAAUGAAGAAGUUGCCUCUCUCUAUUCAAACCUCCAACAAAAUCAAAGUAAUAAGAGGAUCACCGAGAUGGUGGAGCCUAUUGGAGUGGGAUGACGAUAAAUUCAACUCAAAUUUAGAGCAUUGUUUACUACCAGAAACUAAAAAGGCAGAGGAAGGAACUUCUUGCACCAGAGAGACAGAAUUUCGAGCUAAAGUUGAUCGGUCGAGUGUUAUUAUUCAGGAGUUUCGAGCAGAGGACGGAUAUUUUCGAGCUAAAGUUAUUCGGUGGAGUGUGCUGUCAGAUGUUUUUUAUGCCAAUAACUGUUCCUUUUUUGUACUAUUUUUGCUUUCUGGUUCUGAUAUUUUGAUUGCUUGA